CACCGGAAGGAAGCGUAAAGCAGAGCAAUCCUGUUUGGAGUGUAUGUCUUCGUUCUGUGAAAGCCAUAUGGAUCUGCAUAAGAUUCUGUAUGUGGGGAAGAGACACAAGCUGGUGGCGGCUACGAGAAGCCUCAAAGAGAGCAUCUGUCCUAAGCAUGGCAAAUUCAUGGAGAUUUUCUGCCGCAAAGAUCAGCAGUGCAUAUGUCACCUGUGCAUUACAAAUAAACACAAAAAUCAUGAUGUUGUCUUGAUUGAGGACGAGGUACCUGAGAAGAAGAUUAAACUUGGGAAAAUGCAAAGACAGACAGCCAAGAUGAUUCAGACCCGGGAGAAAGAGGAGCAAGAUUUAAAACAAGCUAUAGAUUCAUUCAGGACAUCAGCAGUGCAUGCAGUGGAGGAGAAUGAGAAGAGCUUUACAGAGCUGAUACGCUCCAUUGAGAUGAGGCAGCACGCAGUGAAGGAGCUGAUCUUGACUCAGGAAGAGGCUGCCGUGAAGCAAGUUAAUACACUUUUAGAGAAACUAGAACAGGAGAUCACUGAUCUGAAGAGCAGAGAUGCUGAACUACAGCGCCUGGAGUCGCUCUCUCAAGCAGACAACAACAUCUCUUUUCUACAAAGUGCUUUUUCUGUUCUCAAUCUCUCAAAGUUCAUCCAGAUCCCAGCUCUGUCAGUCCAUUCAUCCUGUCCAUUUCAGACUGAUGCUGUCUCAAAUCUUAUCAAACAACUGCACAUAAUCUACCAGUGGCGAUUCAUGACAAUCUCUGAAAGAGUAAAAAACACUGGUAUCGUAUCUGCACCACUACCACAAACAUACCAGGAGCUCUUAAAAUAUGCAGUCAAUCUUAAUCUGGAUACAAAUACGGUGCAUGACAACCUCCAACUGAAUAUUCUGGACACAAAACUGACCGCUGUCCAAAUGCCGGAGUGCUAUCCUUUCCAUCCUGACAGAUUUGAUAGGCGGUUGCAGGUCUUAUGCAAAGAAGGUCUGCGUGGUUCACCACGUUACUGGGAAGUGGAGUGUGGUACAAAAGGGUCAUGGGUUAAUAUUGCAGUCUCAUACAAAGGGAUAAAAAGGAAAGGGAAACAGGCCCCUCUCUUUGGCAGAUGCAAAAACUCAUGGGCCUUGCGCAACUAUGGGGGCAUAUACGAAUUCUGGCAUGACAAUAAGUGCCAGAAAACCGACAAAGACAUAUCUUUAGAUUGUUCUAAAAUAGGAAUAUAUCUGGAUCAUGGAGCAGGGAUUUUGGCCUUUUACAAUGUCUCAGGUAACCUGAGCCUCAUCUACAAGGCCCAGACGCAGUUUACAGAGCCUGUAUAUGCUGGUUUUGGACUGGUAGGGAUAGGCGCUCAUAUCCGACUCUGUGAUUUCUAAAAUUUAUAAGAUCAUCCUCCUUCUCAAAGCGGGUGUGCUUACACCUGUUGCAAUUAAGAUUUAAACGUUUACUCUAUGCAUAUUAUUAAGGUUCUACAGGUCAACAGUUUCCUUUAUUGUAGUAUCAUGUAAUGGGGAAGAUAGAAUGCUGUGUUGAACAUUGUCGCUUUAUAUAUACUACAGCAGUUUAGUAUAGUU